AGUUGUUUUUUCUAAACGUCAGGGCUAAAAAAGUACUUCCCUCCUCAAAACAAGCAGCGGGGUUAUGAAGAGACGUCAUCUCGAUUGAGUUCAUCAAAUUCACACAAACGCCAAAGAGAAUCUCUCGGCGGAAUCGAAAAUACCCCUCCCGCAAAAGGCGAUCACCGCGAGAGAACCAUGCCCUAUUCAAACCCAUGGGGGCGCAUCAGCACCCCUGCGAAGCAGUCCCAGUUCUCGCUCGACAUGUUCGAGGAGUGGAAGGUGCGGCAGAACGAAGAAAUUGCCAACCGCGGCGCCGACGGCGAUGCAGGGGUGGAGGAGGCGCACAACCGCCACCUACUCCGGCAGAACCUCAACGCCUACAUCUGCUACAAGGAGCUGGAUCAGUACACGACGUGUCUGGAGGACAAGAAGCUCAUCCGACGCAGCGACGAUGGCGACAGCGGGGCCGGGGCUUCUUCCUCCUCGAGCGCCGUGUUUGAGGUGAACACGCAGAACAGGGUGAACGAGAAGCUGUGCCGGUCGACCCACAACGCCUACGUCUCCUGCAUGAGCGCGCAGAAGAACCAAGAGGCGGUGCUCCAGUCGGCUAGCUUAGAGCCGCACUGCACGGAGCAGCGCGAGAAGCUGUUUCACUGCAUGCGGACCCAUCAGCAGACGGAGGCGCAGACAAACACCCCGCAGUGCACGACGGCGUAUCGCACGCUGCUGCGGUGUGGGUUGAACCACCUGUGGAACCGAUACUGGCGUGAGCUAACAAAGUUCAGCGAUACGGAUGAGUUUCACCUGUAUGAGCUCUCGCGCGAUGACAACAAGAAGCAGGAGUACUUGAGAAUGGUGACCACGUCGGAGCCGCAGCAGCAGGCGCAUGCACGAGAGAGGGAAGAGAUGCGGGAUGGGUACUUUCUGGACCCGGACGACAAGAAAGCCGCCCAGUCAUAA